ACCAUCCAGGCUAACACGAAGAAGAACCAACAUUUGUUAGCAUAAACAGCUAACGUAGCAGUGCGUUAUUUGAGGUCCUUGCUUGCAAUUUCAAGAUUUAGCAACCUACCAAAACCAAAAGAUAAAUUUAAAGCAGCAAAAACACGAAAAACGAACUUGAGGUAUGUUACGUAAAAGCGAAUUUAUUGUAACAACUGACAGUUAUCAGGUCAGCUAAUGUAGACGUUGUACAGGGUCGGUAGAUGUUGGAAACAUGUUGACCUGGCUAAUGCUAGUAGUAAAAGUGAGCUAGCUGUCAUGACAUGAUGAUAAUGUUAGCAUUUGGACUCAAAGUGACUGAACAGCUCAAACUAACGCCAUAAAAGACAACUCUGUAGUACUUGUGAGUCAAAGCUGGUUAGCUGAGUGAGCUAUUCUGCUUAGAUAACCAAAUUUCCACCGAAACUGCCAGACUUAGAGGUCUAACAUUAUUCAGCAAUUUCUUAAAUUGAAAGAGUUAAGCAGGUUUUUAUUGAAGUACAUGUAUGAGUAGUCAGGUUUCCGUCUUUAGCUUUUAUAUCGUUCAACUGUCUGGUUGCAUUGCCUUUAAACUGGCUUGCUAUACCAGCCCUGACCUUACACCUUCAUAAUCAAAUACAACAAUAUUCUACCAUAAAUUCAACUUUAGAAAUCCUUUUUGUUUUCAAACAUUAUUUACCUUCUCACACAGGUUGAAAUUAUUCUCUAAAUUAAUUGUCAAAGUUGUAGUGGCUAUUGGUAAUAUACAGGAGUGCAUUACAUUUUGCUUCCCUGAUAUAAGUAAAUGUAAUGGACCAAAAUAAGGCACACCUUUUAAUUUAACUUAUCGAAGUCCAUAUGAUUAAAUAAGUAUAAAAACACCCGUUUUCAGUCAUCAAAGAGUAAAAAUUGAGGGGCUUCCUGCAGGUACAAUGUUGUUAGAGAGCUGUUGUACUGGAUUGCAUAGGAUUGCCAAGGAGUUCUUUUACGUACAGCUGUCUUUUUUAAGGAAACCCAUUUCAAUUUUCAACCCAGCUGAAUAAUUAUCCUACUGGACCCAAGUUUAUCUUAACUAAGAUAGCAACAAACAGUUUAUCUAAAAGACAAGUGGUACCAGAACAUUGUCAGUGUCUACACAGGCAAAUGUGCUGCUAUUGCUAUUAUUAUUAUUAUUAUUAUUAUUAUUAUUAUUAUGAUUAUUAUUAUUAUUAUUAUUGUGACAUGGUGCUACCUUUUUUACCACUUGCCGAUUCAGCAAUGAAGUUGUAUCCCGCCUUCCCUCCCUUCCUAAAAUUAAUGUAGUACAUUUGAGUACAUAAAUGUCCAUAUUUGUCUUGGGUGAUUACAUUUUCUGAAAUUGACUGAAUCUUAUUUCCUACUUUUCCAGGGUUUCAUAGUCUGGACAUCAUAUUUCUACCUGGCACAGUAACACUGUAGGAACCUCUGGCAGGACACAAGAAAAUAAUGUGCUGCAGCUGAAGAUGGGUGGCAGCGGCUCCAAAUCCAAAGGAUAUUGGCCUUUUUCUGGCUCAGGUAGUACCGAUGACUCCACCAAAGAUGGAAACGAGCAAACACUCGCAAGAGUUCGAAGUUUCGCGGGUGCAACACCUUUUGUGUUUACCAGACGAAGGUAAAUAUGGCCUCAGAGAGUUUUAAACCCCAGCAUACUUUUGUCAGGUGUGAUAGCAGGUUAGUAGAGCUGUCACAUGAAUCACUGAGCAGAUAAGUCUUUUUUUUUAUAGUACAUUGCAUGCUUAUCUAUAUAACAAAAGUUAAACUAUGUGUAACCAUGUGUCUGCUGUAUAAAGAAGCUUUUGUGCUGACUGAAAAAGAAAAGUGCCACAGUCAGUAGUGGUUGUUGGCUCAGGGCAGGAUGGGUACAUAGAUUUAUUCUGUUCGCGUAACAUUUGUGAUCCAUUCUCAGCCAGUUUCCACCUUAUUUUUUCUUAUGUAUGUUUUUUUUUUAUGUAACACCAAUCACAUAAAAAUGAUGAGAAUAAAGAGAUUCUCAUAUGUUGCGUAUCUUGUAUGAAUGUAAAAAAUACUUUUUGUAUUUACCGAAGUAUAAUCUGCUUCCUCUGCUGCAGCUCUAUGUUUUUUGAUGAAGAUGGUGACUUGGCCCAUGAAUUCUAUGAAGAGACAAUUGUAACAAAAAAUGGACGUAAAAGAGCCAAGCUGAAGAGGAUUCAGAAAAACCUCACGCCUCAGGUGAGGACACCCACCAGGGUUAUAGCAGUGUCUGCUAACCCUCUGUAUUGUCAGUCCAAAUCGUGACCUUCUUUUUGUCUUCCAGGGAAUUAUAAAGCUGGACCACCCUUGCAUCCAUGUAGAUUUCCCAGUCGUUCUUUGUGAAGCCUGAAGAUUUUUGAGAUGCGCCUCGGACUCGUCACCGUGUCAACUCCGUCCAGUGGUUUCCCCCCACAGCUGGAAGCCUGAACCACCGUUAAAAAUAACACGAUCUCUUGAUGUAUUUGAUGCCCUUAUGUGGACAGGCUGAUGCAAUGUGUGCUGAGCCUCUGCAUGUGAUCUGUUUUUGGCUUGUGUGCAGUUAGACACAGAAUAGGUCACCAGUGGAGAUCUAUAAGGGUGCCAAAUUGGCAAAACCUACCCAGUUUACAGACAAUGGUUUGUAUGCAUGUAAGUGUGAGCGUGUGUGCAGAUGCAGGAUACAGUGACAGAGUCCUCUGAUCUUUUUGCUGAAGAAUGUUUUAUAGGUUGAUGAAUUGCGAAGUAUGAGACGAAUGUGACCAGUUCUCUCCUGUGUCACAAUCGUACAAAGAGCUGGAAAGUUUAAGUGCACACUUUAGUUUUUCAACACCAUGACUUGCUGUAUUAUGCAUGGGACAGGAUCUACUUAUCGGUAAUAGUUUAGGGAGUUGACAAUCAAUGGCCCACAAGUUCAGAUGUGGGUUCAUGUCAUAAUAUCAGUGUGAUAGACUGACUUCAGUGACGUCAGAGCCACACAUGUACACAGCAGCAGUGAGUCUUGUAUGAGAUCCUGUUUUUUUUCCUUUGCUGCUUCAGCAUACUCUGUUUCACUAUUAAUUUAUUUUAACAGUUUUUUUAAUUACAGUUUUAAAAUGCAGAACUGUGUCAUUUUGUUCUUUUGUGUUGGCAUUACAUUACAGUUGGCUUACAUGUUAAAAAAAAUAUCUACAUCUCAAGCUGUGAAGGGCUGAAAGGAAUGUCCAUGGACAUCCUUUAUGAUACAUCUUCACUUGCAGUAGAGGGUGGUAACCAGAUGGCACAAUAGGCCAGGGCUGUUUUUCUUUUUUCUUUAUGGUUUAUGGAGUAAAAAAAAAACAAGAAACAAAAAACUAAAAGUCAUGGUGCUUACCUAAAUGCCUGGUUCCAAUCUAAAUUACAAAUAAUUUUAACUAAAAGACAACUUUGAGUGCCGUUCAAUGGUCGGAUUCUCCCCUUUCAUAUGUUUUCCUGGUUGUCUGCUUAAAAACAAAAAGAAAAAAACAGCUGAAGGUCGAGAACAUUUAAAAUGCUUGAUGGAUGUUGCAUAUGUACAAAAACUAUAUUUGUGGCUUUGUAGGGAUUGAGUGUUUUAUCCUGGCUAAGACAACAUUUUUGUUGAUUAGGUUUAAUAAGAAGUGAUGGUAUGUCCAUGUCAUCGAAUCAUGUCAGGUAGAGGCUAAAAUUACUGAAAUUCCUCAAUUUGGACAUUUAAAAGACAUUCUCAACGUUUUGGAAAUAUUUUUUUUUUUUUUAGCUUUAAGGCAAUCUGAGUUUUUGUGUAUGAGUAACCUAAGACAGUGUAAUUUUUGCAGUCAAGACUAAUAUGAAGGAUCUUGAAGGAGGAAAUCUUUUUACCUCUGUGUCAAAUGUGGCUUGUCAGUUUUGUCAGAAACAAUUAUUUGGCAAGCUUUAAAAGCCAAUUUUCAAAUACUCCAAUUAGGAUAGUGGAUUUGGAUAUGUCCUUGAUAAAGGUAUAAACACUAAGAUAAAGUGACAGGAUCUGUUCGCCUGUGUAAUGGAAAUAAUGCACCUGACCUCCUCUAAUGAAAUCGACCACCUGCAAAGGAAAUUGCGAAGGCUUGCCAUUAUUGGGAAGUGGUGUAUGUGUAUGUGUAUCCGCUAAUGAGAGCUGGACCGAGUUAAGUAACAAGUGAAUACCAUCAGUGCAGUCUCCAUGGGAAAGGCUUUUGUGCAAAGCUAUCUGAUAUUGUUCUCCUUGGAGGAUAAAGCGGGCUGUUCCAAAAUCCACUCCACUUUAUUGCUUCCAUGAAAUGAUUAUGCUUGACACAGGGUUUUGUGCUCUUUCACCUCUAGGCAAGUACCUUAUUUCUGUUGAGUCUGUGGGAGACGUGGCACUAUAAUAACUUUUUCUUGUUUACUCUCACAAAGCUGUAAUAAUAUGCAGGUUCAUAGUGUGUUUUGCACUAUUGGGGUGAAAGAAAAAACAAGAUUCAGCAAACCACCAACCAGCCCUUGUGUUUUGCUGACUGAAGUCUGGGAAGAUUUUGAGACGUGAAAUCACAAAGUGAAGGAUUAUUCACAGGAACCAUUACCAUGUUUUACCGUGUCAUUACAAAAAAUUUGCAAAUUCUUCUACUUUAUACAAAGCUGCAUGUCGUGGCUGGCUUUUGAUGUGGGAACCAGUAACAAGGAAAUCUGCUGUAACUUAUGAGUCAGCUGAGUUAUCCAUGUACUCUGUUUUACAGAGACGUUAUGCUUUUUCAUGAUUCUAAAAGACUAAACAUUGGAAAAGUUUCAAAUUUUGAA